GGGUGGCCAUCAGCACUUACGCCAAGUACUGCUACAACAAACUCCAGAAGGCUGCUUUGACCGGGGCCAAGAAGGGCCUGAAGAAGCCGAACAUGGAGGAGAUCCGGCACGCCAAGAACGCCGUGUUCAACCCGUCCAUGUUCGGCAGCUCCCUGCAGGACAUCCUGCAGCUGCAGAGGGAGCGCUACCCCGAGCGCCAGCUGCCCUGGGUGCAGACGCGCCUGUCCGAGGAGGUCCUGGCGCUCAACGGCGACCAGACCGAGGGCAUCUUCAGGGUCCCCGGGGACAUCGACGAGGUCAACGCGCUCAAGCUGCAGGUGGACCAGUGGAAGAUCCCCACGGGCUUGGAGGACCCCCACGUUCCUGCCUCCCUGCUCAAGCUGUGGUACCGGGAGCUGGAGGAGCCGCUGAUCCCCCACGACUUCUACGAGCGCUGCAUCAGCCACUACGAGAACCCCGAGGCGGCCGUCGCCGUCGUCCACUCGCUGCCCAGGAUCAACAAGAUGGUGCUGUGCUACCUCAUCCGCUUCCUCCAGGUGUUCGUGCAGCCGGCCAACGUGGCGGUCACCAAGAUGGACGUGAACAACCUGGCCAUGGUGAUGGCCCCCAACUGCCUGCGCUGCCGCUCGGACGACCCGCGCGUCAUCUUCGAGAACACGCGCAAGGAGAUGUCCUUCCUGCGCCUGCUCAUCCAGCACCUCGACACCAGCUUCAUGGAGGGCGUCCUAUAGCGCUGCCCACCCCCCACACCCGCCCCACGCCCACCCUCAGGACCCUCGGGGAGGGGGGGAAGGGUGGAGGGGUCUCCCCAACCCCACCCAGCCCACCCCAUCGAUCUCGGUCCGGCCGCGUCACCGCC